AUGACUUCUUUUGAAGAAGUUGAAACUGAAACACAAGUAGCAUGUCUCCACAUGACCUUUUACCAUCCUUGCCAAGAAGACAAGAUGAUGUUUCGUUGCUUGAAUUUCUGUGAGCGAGAACAGGUCAGGGCAGAUGAGAUGGCCAAGUUUGGCCGUGAUUCUAAUGUCUGCCGUUAUAACUUAAUGGAUAGUCGUGUUUCUCGGAUUCAAUUUUCACUGCAAUUUUACAGAAAACUGAACAGCUCAGAAUUUUGUUUUGAGAUAAAGAACAUGAGCAAGAAAACAAAACUGAUGGUGGACCAAACAGAACUGGGUUACUUAAACAAAACUGACUUGCCAUGGAAGUGUAUUAUUUGUUUUGGGGACUACCAGAUCUUAGCAGAGGUUCAAGAAGGGCAGGCUGAGGAUUAUUUUGAGACUCGCUUACACUUGGCUGAAGUGCCAAUCCUACAGGAAAGAUGCCUGCCAUCACGGCACCCCAUACCUGAGAAUGGCAUUUCCUCUUCCUCGUUUCCUUCCCAAGGCAAAAGCCCCAUAGAGAUUGAUGAAAAUGAGUCAUAG